UGUUUGAAAGUUGAUGCUGUUUCAUCUUUCAAAAUAUUUAGCAAAAAAAUUUGCUCAAUUUGAAUUUCGACUUAAUUACAAAAAUAAAUAAACAUAUUGGUAUUAUCUAUGUCUGAAACAGAACGACAGAAUUUAAUGGAGCAAGAUGGUGUCACAGGUGCUAGCGGCGAUCAGCCUGCAAAUGAACGAGAGGCAUAUUUUCAGGCAUUAAGAUUAUGGAUACAACAGGCUCAAAUGUAUCAAAACUUAUCGUCAUGUUUUCCCUACUAUAUGAUGAGUUUACAGGGCAUCCAAAGCAAUCAAACGAAUGUUCCUUUACUUAAUAAUAACUACCAAUUUCAAGGACAACAGUUUCCAUUUCAAGUCCCGAUACCUCCGAGAGCCACCCCUGACGCCCAAGCUCCAGUUCCAACAUUAAGUCCUACUGAAGUUAUUCAAAGGCAUGGUGGCUAUGAGUAUGUUAUUCCUCCACUUUAUAAGAGGCUCUUAGCUGAAUUUAUAGAUUUCAUGCUGUUGUUUAUUUUAAAGCUCAUAGUUACCUUCAUAGCUGUGGAUAUGUUUGACAUCAUUGAUUUAGAAAAAUUUGAUAUUAACAAAUUAAGUGAAAACUAUGAUGACUACAAAUAUGCCAUGGAACUGACAUCGGAAAUUUUAUUACUGGAAAUUAUUUACAGGAUUAUUGUUUGUUUCUUUGAGGCAUACUGUCUGAGUGGCGGUGUUGGACGUUUGGGAGGUAUGACACCAGGCAAAGGAUUACUUGGUCUUCGAGUGGUCACAGCCUCUGCAGUUGUUCUUGUAGAAGGCCGUCCUAAGGAAACAGUCCUGUUAUAUCCGGGUCGACCACUUUCUUUUACUGUAGCAUUGGUACGCUCACUCCUAAAAAAUUUCCUCAUAUCUCUCUUAUUUCCUCUAUGUCUUAUUUUGUUUGUAUUCCGUUUUAACAGGACAGGGUAUGACCUGUUAUGUGGUGUCAUAGUUGUUGAAGAAAAUUUAUAUCCCCCAAGACGACAUGCACCAUAAUUUUUUCAAAUUAUCUAAUAAUUAUUGCAUAGGUACAAAUAAAAUAUUCUUUAUUUAAAUGUAUCUGAAUGUGAUUGUGAAUUAAUAAAAAUGUAUCAAGAAACAAAAUUAUCUUGGAAACAGAUACUAGGUUUUGUAAGAGAAUAUAGAAUAGAUAAAAUAGAUUUUGCUAUUUCCUACAAAAAUCUCAAUAUUUCGCUGCAUAAAAAUAAAUUUGAAAUUCAAAAUGCUACUAUAGGUAGAUUUGGCUUUUGGAAAUAAUCUAUUUUAUUUUGUAUAUGUAUAUCCUGAUUCUUAUAGUAUUCACCUAUUUGCACUGACUCUUCUAAGAGGACUAUUAAUAAGACCAAAGAUGCAAUCAAUUUUUAUAAUGUCCAGUUUUUUCAUUUAUUUUUAUAUUAAGCUCCUUGUACUAAGCUCAGUCAAGAAAUAUUACUUCAUAAGACAUGUGUUUUGGCUGCUAACCAAUUUUAAAGAAUAAAUUGGAAGUGUUAAAUCCAAGUUGUAGUUGUGCCAUAAAAAUCCUACACACAUGCAAUUAAUGUAUUUUUUUUAUAAAAAUCACUUGCUAUCUAUAUCAAUUCAGGGAUUGAGGUAUUUCUUCUAAUCACAUAAUAUAAACAGAAAUGAUUCAUCAAAAACUAAUGAUGCACAAGAAAUGUAAACUUUAAUUAUAUUUGUGCUAUUGUUAUACACUUUUUUUUGUAGAUAAUUUUUUUUCUUCAUGAAAUUAAUGUUUUUAAGCCUUUCAAUGUUUAUAACUUUAUAAAACCUAAGUUGUAUUCUUGUUAUUUUUUUUUGUUGUUUUCAGUAUCUUAUAGGUAACAUCUGGUAUGGGUAUGGAGACUUUGAUUAUAACACUAUCAUCCAAGUUGUAAGCUAGAAUUACCAAAUUUAUUUCACUUUUAUUUGGGAUAUUUCAGACUUUUUUUUGUUUUAAAACGAUGUAAUUUAGUUGAACGUCAUUUAUUCUUUACUAACAUUUUUAACUUUUCUUUUAACUUUUAAAAAAUUUGAAUAGGGUCUUGAUGCAAGUAGUGUUAACUUUGCCAAUAAACCUAUAAAACA